CGGGCGAGCUGCGCGGAGCGAGGAGGCGCGGAGCCGAAGCGCACCGGCGAGGCCGAGCGGCCCGCGCAGCCCCGGCCGCAGGCUCUGUCCCCGGAGGUGCAGAGGGAGCUGCUCCGGAGCUGACCUGCCACAGAAAAUCAGCCUCCUGUUCCAGGUUGACCUUGAACCGCAAAACUGCUGUCCACGUGGACCGGGGCCGACACCGCACGUCCCUCUGCCAGGACCCCUGCGUCCAGACUCCGAGACAUGGCGACGGAGGGCAGCAAGGUGGCGGAUGGACAGAUCUCCACGGAGGUCAGCGAGGCUCCCGUGGACGGCGACAAGCCCAAAACCCUGGUGGUCAAAGUGCAGAAGAAGGCAGCAGCGGACCUUCCGGACAGGGACACAUGGAAGGGCCGCUUCGACUUCCUCAUGUCCUGCGUGGGCUACGCCAUCGGCCUGGGCAACGUCUGGAGGUUCCCCUAUCUCUGCGGGAAGAAUGGCGGCGGGGCCUUCCUGAUCCCCUACUUCCUGACGCUCAUCUUUGCGGGGGUCCCCCUCUUCCUGCUGGAGUGCUCCCUGGGCCAGUACACGUCCAUCGGGGGCCUGGGGGUGUGGAAGCUGGCCCCCAUGUUCAAAGGAGUGGGCCUCGCCGCGGCCGUGCUGUCCUUCUGGCUGAACAUCUACUACAUCGUCAUCAUCUCCUGGGCUAUCUACUACCUGUACAACUCCUUCACCACGACACUGCCGUGGAAACACUGUGACAACCACUGGAACACAGAACGCUGCUUCUCCAACUACAGCAUCGCCAAUACCACAAACAUGACCAGCGCCGUGAUGGAGUUCUGGGAGCGUAACAUGCAUCAGAUGACGGACGGGCUGGAUAAGCCGGGCCAGAUCCGCUGGCCUCUGGCCAUCACCCUGGCCAUCGCCUGGAUCCUCGUGUAUUUCUGUAUCUGGAAGGGUGUUGGCUGGACUGGGAAGGUGGUCUACUUCUCAGCCACAUAUCCCUACAUCAUGCUGAUCAUCCUGUUCUUCCGUGGAGUGACCCUGCCGGGGGCCGGGGAUGGCAUCCUGUUCUACAUCACACCCAACUUCCACAAGCUGUCCGACUCCGAGGUGUGGCUGGAUGCUGCCACUCAGAUCUUCUUCUCCUAUGGGCUGGGCCUGGGAUCCCUGAUCGCUCUCGGGAGCUACAACAGUUUCCGCAACAACGUCUACAGGGACUCGAUAAUCGUCUGCUGCAUCAACUCGUGCACCAGCAUGUUCGCGGGAUUUGUCAUCUUCUCCAUCGUGGGCUUCAUGGCCCACGUCACCAAGCGGUCCAUUGCGGAUGUGGCCGCCUCAGGCCCCGGGCUGGCCUUCCUGGCGUACCCAGAGGCAGUGACCCAGCUGCCCAUCUCUCCGCUCUGGUCCAUUCUCUUCUUCUCGAUGCUGCUGAUGCUGGGCAUUGACAGCCAGUUCUGCACGGUGGAGGGCUUCAUUACCGCCCUGGUGGACGAGUACCCCACACUCCUCCGCAACCGCAGGGAGCUCUUCAUCGCUGCCGUCUGCGUCGUCUCCUACCUGAUCGGCCUCUCUAACAUCACUCAGGGGGGCAUUUAUGUCUUCAAGCUUUUUGAUUACUACUCUGCCAGUGGCAUGAGCCUGCUGUUCCUCGUGUUCUUUGAAUGUGUCUCCAUCUCCUGGUUUUACGGUGUCAACCGAUUUUAUGACAACAUCCAAGAGAUGGUGGGCUUCAGGCCCUGCAUCUGGUGGAAGCUCUGCUGGUCCUUCUUCACCCCGAUCAUUGUGGCGGGUGUGUUCCUUUUCAGCGCUGUGCAGAUGACUCCUCUCACCAUGGGGAGCUAUGUUUUCCCCAAGUGGGGCCAGGGCGUGGGCUGGCUCAUGGCUCUGUCCUCCAUGGUCCUCAUCCCGGGGUACAUGGUCUACAUGUUCCUCACCCUGAAGGGCUCCCUGAAGCAGCGCAUUCAGGUCAUGAUCCAGCCUAGCGAAGACAUCGUGCGCCCGGAGAACGGCCCCGAGCAGCCCCAGGCCAGCGGCUCCGCCAGCAAGGAGGCCUACAUCUAGGGGGACGCUCUCGCCCCCCACCCGGCCGAGCAGGACCACCACUUGAUGUCUGCAGAUACCACCUACCUCGAGUGGCGCGUCCGGACUCCAUCACUGCGCAGCGGGGGGAGGCGGGGGGCGGUCUCACCCCUGCCGGGUCCUGCCUCGGGCAGAAAUGCUCUAUCAGCUCCGGCACCUGCCGGCCGGUGACCUUUUUAAUCUGGGCCCAUCAGCACCACGCAGAGGGCAUCUGUGACUGCCGCGGUAGGUGUCACUUUUAUCCCCGCCAGCGAGCGUGAUCGGCGAGGCUGCACGCUCCUGGCUUUUUAGUCGUCUCCCUGACUGUCCUCUUACUGCCGAAACCCACGACUGUUACCUUGGACUUUGCAGGAGCUCGUUCCCGUCGGAAGGCCGCUCUGUACACACACGAAAGGGCAUUUUGUAUCACAGAGAUUUCUAGGGAGAGCUCGCUCUUACGUAGCAGGGAGCCCUCGGAGCUCUCUCUCCGGGUCUGGUUUCCUCCUUCCCGAGGCAGCUGACCUUAACACGAGCCCCAAGGACCUCCGCCGGGUCCUUCUUCCCAGCCGCCGGCGGAGGGAUCAUCUCGGGGGCUAGGCCUUCCUGCCCGCUCCUCGCCAGGCCGUGCUGGCUGCCCCUGGCCCUGCCUAUUGGGAACUGCCACAAGCACAAUUAAUUCUCUGGCCACCAUUCCAGGGGGGCGUCUACCGUCCUGCUGGGGAUGUUCCCUAACCGAAGCCCCCGUUUCUCUUAGGUUAUAGAGCACAGAGCAGCUGUGGGGGAAAUCAAGGCCAAGUCCCACCCCUGAGUCCACAUGGAUCCAGGUACCUUUUUAGAACUAGCUCCUCCCUCACUACCACCCCAAUUCUUCAAAGCUGAGGCCCCCUCUCCUUCUCUGAAACUCCUCAGUGGGAGCCCACUCACUGCCACUAAAAUCUACCCAGCCACCAACGGAGGCGCCGGUGUUCAUCCCCACCCCCGUCCCCACCCACCUCCAAAGUGCUUCCGAGACUAAAGCUGCUUUCCUGGGAAGUCGAUUUUGUUCCUUUCCGGAAUGGGCUUCGUGGUGAUGGCAAAUCGGCACGUCGGGUGGAGACAGUUCCUUGCAAACCCCAGUGACUCAGUGUUUCUUGUUGCCAGGAAGAUGGGUUCCCAAGUAGCCAAUCGUCCGUGGUGCCCUGUAGCUCCUUCACUAGUUAUAGCUCACAAACUGUGUUUUACAACUAAUCUUUGAUAACUAUGGUAAAUAACUGUGACUGUGGGUUCUUAAAUCUCUUGUCAUUCUCAUGUGACAGUGACCAGCAUAUCAGUCCUUGCAAUAAGGUGUUACCCUCAGCAUAUUAAGCACAUUAUUGUAGAGAAAACGCACAGCACGUGUACACACACACACACACACACACACACACACACUCUCUCUCUCUCUCAUCCUCCCUCAUGGUAUGUAGGGUCUUGUUUGAUAUCGUGUAGGAAAUCUAAAGCCUGUUCCCGAGAUCAUCUGUAAAAUAGACUCAUUGCUAAGGCAUCCCAAAUGCCAGCCGGUGACUCCGUGAUCAACCUGCAUAGGUAUUGUUCUAUUGCAUAGGGUUUAGACCGGACGGAACCCUUCACUGUGUAUCAUGCUCCCACUCCCAUCCUGAGUGAAUCCCUUUAGAAUAAGGGCAGGAAUUCCUCCAACUUCCUCUUCGUUCUUCUUUGGUGUGAGACUAAGACCAAGUCUUUUUAAGACAAUACAGUGUAUUUCAUGUUCGUAAGCAAAUCUAAGUGAGACGUUUGGCAAGAAAUCCCCUAACUGAUUUCCAUCCAAACCUACUUCUAUAGCACAAUAUUACGUGUCGUACAAUUACUGUGAGAACUGUGAAUAUGUGUAACAUUUUUUUUUUUUAGUAUUUGCCCUGGGGGGGGGGAGAUAUUGUAUUAUCAUAUAUGCUUUUUUUUUUUUUUUUGCAAUAAGGAUUUAUUCUCAGAACACCAAGUAAAUCUAUCUCUAUAUAUAAAAAAUAUAUAUGUAAUAUAAACAUAUUCAAACUAUAUACAGAGCCUGUUUUAAAAUAAUUACAGUGUUAUUUAGUAAGAUGAUCUGUUCUAUGGACCAAAUGUAAAAUAUUUAUAAAUGGAGAUGCAUUUUAAAUGUCUAUAAAUGGUGUCAUAACUGGAGCACGGACAUUAUGUACAUUUCUAAGAAUUUAGAGGAAAAAUAAUAAAGGUUCUAUGAU